UGCCGCAGAACGCGGAGCCCCAGGUAACAAUGGCUCUCCAGGUGGAGGGGCUGAUAGCCAUCGUCGUGUUCUACCUGCUCAUCCUGCUGGUCGGCAUCUGGGCCGCCUGGAGGACCAAACACAGUGGCAGCUCCGAAGAGCGCAGCGAGGCCAUCAUUGUUGGCGGCCGUGACAUCGGCCUGCUGGUGGGCGGCUUCACCAUGACAGCCACCUGGGUCGGAGGAGGUUACAUCAACGGCACAGCCGAAGCCGUGUACGUGCCAGGCUACGGUCUCGCUUGGGCGCAGGCACCCAUCGGAUACUCUCUUAGUCUGAUUUUAGGUGGUCUGUUCUUUGCGAAGCCCAUGCGCUCCAAGGGCUACGUGACCAUGCUGGACCCGUUCCAGCAGAUCUACGGCAAGCGCAUGGGGGGGCUCCUGUUCAUUCCCGCGCUCAUGGGGGAGAUGUUCUGGGCCGCGGCCAUCUUCUCCGCCUUAGGCGCCACCAUCAGCGUGGUCAUCCAUGCCGACGUGCACUGGUCCGUCAUCGUCUCCGCGCUCAUCGCCACGCUGUACACGCUGGUGGGCGGGCUCUACUCCGUGGCCUACACCGACGUGGUCCAGCUCUUCUGCAUUUUCGUGGGGCUGUGGGUCAGCGUCCCCUUCGCACUGUCCAACUCCGCGGUCACCGACAUCGGGUUCACGGCCGUGCACACCAAGUACCAGAAGCCUUGGCUGGGGACUGUCGAGCCAUCUGAGGUCUACACGUGGCUUGAUAGCUUUCUGUUGUUGAUGCUGGGCGGGAUCCCAUGGCAAGCCUACUUCCAGAGGGUCCUGUCUUCGUCCUCAGCCACCUACGCCCAGGUGCUGUCCUUCCUGGCAGCCUUCGGGUGCAUGGUCAUGGCCCUGCCCGCCGUCCUCAUCGGAGCCAUCGGCGCGUCCACAAACUGGAACCAGACCAGCUACGGGACCAAGGACCCCAAGGAGAACCAGCAGGCAGACAUGAUCCUGCCGAUCGUCCUGAAGCACCUGUGCCCCGUGUACGUUUCUUACUUCGGCCUUGGGGCCGUCUCCGCCGCGGUCAUGUCCUCAGCCGACUCGUCCAUCCUGUCGGCAAGUUCCAUGUUUGCCCGCAACAUCUACCAGCUGUCGUUCCGACAAAACGCAUCGGACAAGGAGAUCGUGUGGGUCAUGCGGAUCACAGUGUUCGUGUUUGGCGCAUCGGCGACGGCCAUGGCCCUGCUGACGAAGACGGUGUACGGGCUGUGGUACCUGAGCUCUGACCUGGUCUACAUUGUCAUCUUCCCACAGCUGCUCUGCGUGCUCUUUGUCAAGGGCACCAACACCUACGGGGCGGCCGCCGGCUACGUGUCCGGCCUCUUCCUGAGGGUGACCGGCGGGGAGCCGUACCUGAACCUGCAGCCCUGGAUCUUUUACCCCGGGUAUUACAUGGAUAGAAGCGGCAUUUACAAUCAGAGAUUCCCUUUUAAGACCCUGGCCAUGGCGACCUCCUUCCUCUCCAACAUUUGCUUCUCUUAUCUAGCCAAAUACCUGUUUGAGAGCGGAACCUUGCCACCAAAGUUGGAUGUAUUUGACGCCGUUGUCGCCAGGCACAGUGAAGAAAACAUGGACAAGACAAUUCUGGUCAAAAAUGAAAACAUUAAAUUGGACGAACUUGCACCCGUGAAACCUCGGCAGAGCAUAACUCUCAGCUCUACCUUCACCAACCGAGAGGCCUUCCUUGAGGUCGAUUCCAGUCCGGAAGGCUCUGGCACUGAAGAUAGUCUGUAGUCGCCCAUCCACAUAAAACUCCGCUUUCUCAAACAGCACGCUCGCAGGCUAGUCCCGGAGGAUGGUUUGCAGCAUAUAAAACAUAUAUUUAAAAGCAAUGCUCACGAGGACAAAGACCCAUAUCCUGGUGCAGAUGCUCAAAGGCAAGACAGGCCAGAAGGAGGCCCCUCUGAAGCAGCAGCUCGCUCUCCAGACUUCUCAUCCUCAUUCAAUUCUGACUCUAGUAGCUCUGUUCAGACGUGAAUCAAGCCCCACUCAAAGAAGAGAGAGUCAGACAGACCGUUCACCUUUGUUAUGGAACAAGGAAGUCGAAACGAGUGAACCAGAGGUGGGCAGUCCUGACCCGACGCUGUGCACUGACGCCCCGCGCGUCUGGUUUCAGCAUCGCACUGAGGUCAUGAGAGUCCGUCCCCAUCACCCCACUGGACGGUGCAGUGAGUUACUCAGCUCACCUUCUCAAGGUGACGAGUGACUCCUUCUUUCACGUCUUAACUUUAACAUUUGCUGAAUAUGCACUUUGUUUUCCUUUGAGUAGCGGUGUGUAUUAUCCUGAGCGCAGGCAAAGCAAACACCAAAAAAUAUCGCGGAGCGGCAUUUCCUGACGUGUGAGGCAAUCGGAGAGGACAGUCCAUCAUGGUAGAGGGUCCCUGGUUCCUUGGAGAGUGUCUGCAGCCACCACAUGCCUUGGGAAAAGCACCCACAGUGAGGAAGGCAGGGGCACUAGGGAACUUCAGAGCAAUAAAUCACAAAGGCCGUUAAGUAGAGAAUGGAACUUCACCUUCAUCUGAAGCUCAUAAAGUUUUGCUUCAAAAUAAAAGAAAUAAUGUUUUGAAUAGCCAUCUAAAUUAGCACAGGAAGUGAAACUGAGCCAGCCAUAAGGUGAGGUAGCUACCCACGGAUGAAGGUUAGUGAGAGACAGACAGACCACACCUGCUGCUAGUAAACUAGAAACACAAAACCACCCAAUUUGGGAUAUUCAUUCAUGAGGAUGAUUUAAUGUCAGGAGAGCUACUCGGUGGCACUUUUUUAUGCAUAAGCCAGUCUUCA